AUGAAACUUGUUGGCUUUUUAAUCGUUUCAACCUUCAAUGCAAUAUUAUGGACAUCUAUUAAAACUACUCCAAUUCGAAGAGGUUUAGCUAGACAAUUUGAAAAGGAUUACAUGGCAUCUAAAACUUUAAAUGAUGGGGCUGAAUCGUCGGUUAAUCCUCAAAUUCAAAAGGAUAAGGAAGAGUUAAACCCAAAAUUAGAUAAUACAGAAAAGGACAAAGGUAAUGGAGGGGAGAAAGUGUCUAAUAGAAGUGACUAUUAUAAAGAAUAUUACAGGAAAAAUAAAGAAAGGUUGCUUAAAAAUAGUCGAAAUUACCGAAAACUAAACAAAGAAAAGGUAUCUGAGACCAAUCGAAAUUACUAUAUAAGGAAUAAAGAAAGGAUAAAAAGUGAUAAAAAGGUUUACUAUCAAGAAAAUAAAAAAAAGUAUACGGGAUUACCAAAAAGAGUAUAACAAAAUUAACGCAGGAAAGCGCAAAGAAUAUUUUCGAAAAUACCGUCAAAACAAGAAAAAUAA